AUGGGUAAAAGCACUUCCCAGAAUAAACCCAUUACCACCGCCGUCAUAUCUAUAUCCUUAAGAUCUGAAGAAAAAACACCAUCAGCAACCUCGAGUGUGAAGAUUAUCAAGGAUGUUGGUGGCGGCGUGGAUCUGGAGAGAUGCCAGCAGAGAUAUCUAGAGCAACGGGGAUAA